AUGGGCAGUGUAGCUUCACCUAACAUCUCCAAUUCUACAGCCGCUAGUUCCUCUGCCGCUAGUUCCUCUGCCAGAGCUGGUGGAGCACCUACUGCUUUGAGCUUCAAUUACCCGAACAUGCCCACCAGUGAAACCCCAUACUUGGCAAUCUUGCAGAAUAAUGCAUACACUUUUCCCCAUACAUGCUUUAUGAAGUUGCAGGAUUUUCUCAAAUCUCCGAGAUGGAAAUGUUGUACAAGACUUGUAGUGGAAAUAAUGUUGGAGGGGCUGGAUAUGAGGAAAAUAGAGAUAGUGCAUUUUCUUCACUUGCCAAUUCUAUCAUAA